CACCGAGAAAGCUGCACAGAAGAUCCUCAGGGACUCAAGCAUGGGCCCGCCACUUCAAAGAACGACGACCCGAUUCUAACCUUCCAUCUUCCAAUGACACCACCACCACCGUUAUGCCUCAGCCUGUGGAACCAUCUCGUUUUCAGCCAUUUCCGCUUCCAUCUCAAUUUAAUUGAAUCGACGGAAACAACGUUCGUUCCAAUCACGUACUAUAAUAUCUGUAUGACUUGCAUCACUCUCACUUCGCCGAACCUCUACUGCAAACGCCUUUCUAUCAAUUCCAGCGCCACUCUUGUACCCUAUGACAACGACUCUGUCGCCGACGUCCUCUCGGAUGAUGAUGCCUCGGAUGCUGACGACUGUGAGCCGUUUAGUGGCGAAAGCAUCAUUCACGAGCCUCGGAAGGAACGUGCACUAGAGCCGCCUAUGCUUGAUAUUCUGAUUGCCAAAAUGACAGCUCUUGCUCUCGAUAAUCCACAUCAUCAUUCCAAGCUUCGACCACUCAUUUCAAACAACAACAACCACAAGACGUCUACCACCAUUCAUUGUCCUCCACUUUUUGAACCAGCCUACUCUGGACGCAUUGCUCUGACGUUUGGAGGCGGCUCUCUCCCCGAUACUUCAUCUACCGAUCCCGGCGUCGCUCUUCCUGGACCCAGCUUUCCCAUCGAUGUCGCCCGUCUUCCAUCUCGGAGACCUGAAACAACAACGCAGAGCCAAACAUAUUGUCCCUUUUCAUUGAUCUCCACGAUCUGGGUACGCCUACGCUUCGAUGUCAGGUCCCCUACGACCAAUCCGGACGACGGCCUCCUGUCCCCCGCGACCCGCUUCACUGCUAAAGAAGUCAAAGGCCACUUCCAAUCUACGCGUACCACACCAUGCCGCAAGUCUCGAAGGCCAGAGAGCAAGUCGUUUCUUAUUUCCUUCUCUACUACCUCGUCGAUCUGUACGCUCCUCGACUGGUGAUUUAUAUCAUAGAUCUAUCUCUGGCAUGUACGUUUCUUGUUUUUGUUUCCUUCUUCAAUUUGUGUCCGAGACAGAUAUUGGACUUGUCUCUGCCAUGUACGUUCAUCAUGAUUUGCUUUCCCCUUUGCUGGUAUGUUUAUCUCCUUCGUCAUGUAUUCUGGGACUUUUCAUUCCCUUCUUCGCAUAGAAAUCUUUGAUUUACUUUCUCCCUUACUGGUAUGAACGGGCUCAUUAGAUUUCAAUAUGUACAGAUUGUUCUUGUUACUAGUAUUUUCGUGCAUGUAUGACUAUUAUCA